GCCGUCCCCUUCCUCUCGCCACCGAUCGAGACGUCCCAAUCGAGCUAAUCGCACACCGCCGUUGCAGACGGGAGCAAUCCGUAUCCGGCGAUGGGAGUGGAGUCGGAGUGCGACAGGAUAAAGGGGCCGUGGAGCCCCGAGGAGGACGAGGCGCUGCGGCGGCUGGUGGAGCGACACGGGGCGCGGAACUGGACGACGAUCGGGCGGGGCAUCCCGGGGCGGUCGGGCAAGUCGUGCCGGCUGCGGUGGUGCAACCAGCUGUCGCCGCAGGUGGAGCGGCGCCCGUUCACGCCCGAAGAGGACGCCGCGAUCCUGACCGCGCACGCGCGGCUCGGGAACCGGUGGGCGGCCAUCGCGCGGCUGCUCCCCGGGCGCACCGACAACGCCGUGAAGAACCACUGGAACUCGUCGCUCAAGCGGAAGCUCGCCACCGCUACUGUUGCCGGCGACGGCGAGGAGGAGCGGCCGUACAAGCGAGUGAGCCCUGGGCCGGGGAGCCCGACCGGAUCGGACCGCAGCGAGCUCAGCCACGGCUGCGGUGGCGCCCAGGUCUUCCGCCCCGUCCCGCGCGCUGGCGGGUUCGACGCCUUCAGCGCCGCGGACGUCAUGCGGCCCCCGCCGCGGCGAGACGAGGACCCGCUCACCUCGCUCUCCCUUUCGCUGCCGGGGCUGGACCAGGGGUCGGGGUUCCACCACGACAGCGCCCGGAGCCACUUCCAGGAGCUCUCCCCCUCGCGGUCCCCGUCGCCUUCGUCCCUGCCCUCUCCCCCACCGCCAGCGCCGCGGGCGCAACCCUCGCCCUACCCGUUCAGCGGCGACGUGGUGGCGGCGAUGCAGGAGAUGAUCCGGGCCGAGGUGCGGAGGUACAUGUCUGGCCCCGGCGCCAUCGGCGAGGCGUGCAUGCCGCAGCUGGUGGAGGGCGUGAUGCGCGCCGCCGGGGAGCGGGUUGGCGUGGUCACUCGCCAGUAAACAGUUAAACCAAACCAAACCAAAUCAAUGCGAAGCAUUGUGUUGAUUAUUACGUGUCAAGUAAGAUCCGAUCCUGUGUAGUGGUAGUACUAGCCGUUCUCUGUUCUGCACUUAGGAGGAGCUGGAGCUCGUUUAUUCUUCAGCAGCUGCUCCGAAUUCGGAAAACAGCAGAGUGCUGCCGAAGUCGGAAUGGGAAAAGGAAAUGGAAGAAGAGGUUGCUAAUAA